GUAAAAUCCUCAGGAUUAUAGUUCAGUGGAUUACAGUAGAAUAUUACACUUUCAUCAGAAUGGCUGACAGGAUGUCUGGAGGAGAGGUGGCCUACACAGUGCUGGAGGUGCUGAUCGCUGUUGCCUGCUGUCUGGGCAAUGUGCUAGUGAUCUGGGCAGUGUGGUUGAGCAGCUCUCUACGGCAGCCCACAUUCUGCUUUUUGGUUUCUCUGGCUGUGGCAGACUUCCUUGUCGGUGCUGUGGCUGUGCCAGCGGCUAUACUGGUAGAUGGAAGAGUGCAGAUCUCAUUCAAUGUCUGUCUCUUCAUAAGCUGUGUGGAAAUUUUGUUGACAUUGGCCUCUGUACUGUUUCUACUAGCCAUCUCCGUGGACCGAUAUCUACGAGUCUUCAUCCCUCUCAGGUACAAGAGGACAGUAACAGAGAGGCGAUCUUGGGUGGCGGUGGCAAUAUGUUGGUUUGUUGCCUUCAUGUUGAGCUUCCCACCCAUGUUUGGGUGGUACAACCAUGACACCUUGUCUCACUCAGGGAACUCAACCACCAUCAUCUGCCGUUUCCUGGCUGUGAUUCCCAUGUCAUACAUCGUAUACUUCAAUUUCUUCCUCUGCACCCUCACUCCGUUGCUUAUCAUGGCUGUCCUGUACUGCUACAUCUUCUGUACGAUCCGGAAGAACCUGAAGGGGAGGACAGGGAGCAGUACCCAGUCCCACACCUACUUCAGGAAGGAGAGGAGCCUGGCCCGAUCCCUGACUCUGGUCCUGGUGCUCUUCGCCUUUUGCUGGCUCCCUCUGCACUUCAUGAACUGUGUUGCCUACUUUGGUAACCCAUCAAACAUACCCCAACAGGCCUUCUACGUGGGCAUCCUCCUCUCCCAUGGCAAUUCAGCUGUCAACCCGAUCGUGUAUGCCUUCAAGAUCCACAAGAUCAAGGAAGCGUACCUGAGGAUAUGGAGGAAGUUUGUGUGCCAAGGUGACAACCAGACCACUGAGAAUAACACCAGCAGUAACCCUAGGGUAGCCAGAAAUGACUGAUGGAGGGGAGUUCAUCAUUGUGAGUGAGGGACAGUUAGUGACAUGUAUAGAGUGUGGUAAGAAGUUAUAGUUCCAGGGUUUUAUUCUCAAAUUCUUUGAUAAGAGUCAUUGUAGGGAUACAAAGCAAUUUAGAAUGUGGUCUAUAUCUCAUAUUUGUCUUUAUGUAUUGUAUUAUCAGUAUAAUAUAAGCAUGUGUAGAUCAGGUAGAGCUGUCAAAGUAUUUUACUUUUGCAUUGCUCAACUGCGUUGGCAUAUCACAGCAAAUUGCGUUUGUUGCAAAUGAAACUGAUGAUGAAAAUGGAAAGAGUAGUGGGUGUUUCAUUUCAUUGAUGCAUUUCCUUUGUCUGAAUGCCAUUUCCUCAAUCCAAAAGUUUGUCGUUUCUAUAAUUGUUAACUUCUGUAUGUAUACAGUGCUUUCCCAGAAUUGGAAGUAAGAUGUAUUAUCUCAAUGAAGGAGUACUUAUCUAAUGAACCUUUUUAUGAUUAUGGUUACUUUCAACACAACCAUACACAACGUUCUAACACAACCUUUCCCACAAGAUUAUGUGUCAUGUAUUUUGUGGUGGUAAUGUACCAUCAGGUGACACAGAAAGUAUACAAAUAGGUCUCCAUCAAAUUCUUUCUUUAUCAAAAUAUACAUUUUCUGAGAUGAGGAAAUCCUCUCUGAAGUUAAGUUUUUAUUUCAAAAUGGUUUGUAAAAUACAUACAUUACAUUUUUUGUAAUAUAUAAUUGUUGCAGCUAAUGAUUACAUUGUGUCUAUUGAUUCAUGUAUAUUAACUGGCAGUACAUCUCUACAGUUCCGCUGGUCUUGUCUAAGUACACUAGAUGGCAGUACGCAAGGGAAUAUGUAUUACAUUAUUGCAAUAUGGCAUAUAGCUAUAGAUGAACGCAUUGUGUUCCUACCAGAGUGAUACAAUGGCUGGAUAUACUCUAUCAGACCUCCACUGACCUUUGUAACCAUUGUGUAUUUUUCCAUUAGAGCUACAUACUUUCGGUUUUGUUCACAUACUGUAAACUAGGUCAUGUUUUAGUGUUCAAGUCAUUGUUAUACUGGUAGCAUCGCAGCGGUAGAUGUAGUUUCGUCCACGGUUGUGGUAUGUCUAUGCAAAACAUUAUAAUCCACAUUACAUUAUAUACAAGUGAACGAUUAUUUAUGUACAAGCUAAAGAGUAGAAGCCCUAAAAAUAGGAGUAAUCUGAGGUCUUGAAUUCCUUCAAAAUUCAGAGUAAAAGAUAGAGGCCAGGUUCAUAGCUUUAUUUAACCUCUAUUCUUCCAUAGAACCUUGAACAAUCUUGACUUGUAACAGUACUACAAGACUGAAAAAACAUAUUCAGGGCUUGAUUUAGGUCUGGAGAACCAACCCUUAUACAGUGGGGCAAAAACGUAUUUAGUCAGCCACCAAUUGUGUAAAU